AUGUGGCCACACAGACACACCCACACACAAGCACACGCACGCCCAGAGACUCUGUGGCGAAGAGAUAGCAGUGGAGACUGAAGAUGGAGCGCAAACAGCACUGCUGGCAGGUCGCAGUCCUGGUCUCUGUGGUCGGACUCUGGACGCUGGCCCGGGUGCGUGGUGCUCAGGCCUGUUCCUGCGCGGGUGAGUCCGUCCCACACACACCUGUCCUGAGCGGUCCGGACAGAGCGUACCUGGGGAAAAGAGUGCUGUUCCGCUGCGAGGUCCCGGGGUCUCCCCGGCCGGGGGAGUACCAGCUGCUGAGAGGCUCCGGUGACCGGCCUGUGACACUGCAUACCCUGCAGGGAGACCCCCCCGCAAACUUCACCCUGCUGGUACGGUCCGACUCCAGCGGAAUCUACCGCUGCAGAGCCAGGACAGGGGGGGAGCUCAGCGCCUACUCACUCUCCAGCAACUCCCUCGCUUUUCAGGUCGUGAUCCCCGUCCGUGGCGCCAGCCUGCGUUCGGACCCCGACCCCCCGGUGGUUUGGGAGGGGGGCAGGCUGACUCUGCACUGUGAGGUCGGGGCGGGAUCCCACCUCUCCUACCGCUGGUACUUCAACAGGACGGAGCGGCCCGCGCCCCCCCCGGGACGCUCCCUGCUCCUCCAGCCCGUCUCCCCGCAACACUCCGGCCAGUACUACUGCAUUGUGGGAAACGCCAUGAGGGACUCGCGCGUCUCCAGCAGCCUGGAGCUGGAGGUCAGGGUCAAAGGUGAACACCCACAAUGCCCUUCCCAGUCUUGGAAGAGGUGGCAGCAUGGUCCAGGGUGCAGGGAGGUUGCAGGUUACAGAGAAACUGACAGGGAUUGCAUUCGUUGUACAUGCAGCUCAUAUUUACAGCUGAGAGCCUUCCUGUCCGAGCCACAGGUCUCCUUCUCCGUAACCAAGGAGGAGUGGGGUUACCGUGCCAACGUCAGGUGCUGGGCAACCAGGGGCUCGCCGCCUGUCCGGUUCUGGCUGGUCAAGGACAGCAGCGUGCUGGCCAAUCGGACGACGGCGUCGCUGAGCACCGUGUUCUCCGUGCCCGUCAGCAUUGGGCGGAGCCUGGGCCGGCUGAGGUGUGGGGCGGGUAACCAUGGCAACCAGGAGCUGCUCAGCCCGCCUCUCAACCUGGAAGUAGUUCCUGUAGGGGGCGCUGUGCAGCUGCAGGUGGAGUACCUGUACAGUGCAGACUCUGAAGCCGUGGGCGUGACUCUCCGCUGUGGCGUGAGCCACGGAACGUUCCCUGAGUACGCCUGGUUCCGGAACGACACCCACCUGCCGGGGGGCGGGGACUCUUACAUCAUCACCCCGCAGGGCCACACCCUCAUCCUUCCCAUCAUCACUGCUGGGAAUUCUGGGCACUACCACUGCCAGGCCAAGGACAGCUUCGACAACACGUCCUGGAUCAUGAGUCCGGCCACUCUUGUUCAAAAAACAGAUGGGAGGCUGGUUUCCAGUGAGGUCAUCGCUGUGAUGUUCUGCUGUUUCCUGUUGCUGGUGUUGGUGGGGAGCGUGUGUUGGACUUUCACACUGAGCAAGAGGCGUGUGGAUAGCUGGGUGCGACGCAGGUAUGGUCUCUCUCUCUCUCUGUCUCUGUCUCUCUCUCUCUCUCUCUGUCUGUCUGUCUCUCUCUCUCUCUCUCUCUGUCUCUGUCUGUCUGUCUCUCUCUCACUCUCUCUGUCUGUCUGUCUGUCUCUCUCUCUCUCUCUGUCUCUGUCUCUCUCUCUCUCUCUCUGUCUGUCUGUCUCUCUCUCUCUCUCUCUGUCUCUGUCUGUCUGUCUCUCUCUCACUCUCUCUGUCUGUCUGUCUCUCUCUCUCUCUCUCUCUGUCUGUCUGUCUCUCUCUCACUCUCUCACUCUCUCUGUCUGUCUGUCUGUCUCUCUCUCUUUCACUCUCUCUCUCUGUUUUACUCUCUCUCUCUCUGUCACUCUCUCUUUCUCCAUCUGUCUCUCUCUCCAUCAGUCUCACUCUCUCACUCUCUCUCUCUCAAAUUCAAAUUGCUUUUUUGGCUGAAAUACAAAUGUACUUAUUGCCAAAGCAUGCAUAUAAAUAAUAGGCAAAAUUAUUACAGUAAUAUUAUAAUAAUAAUGAUGAAACAACAUAUUACAUAAACAUCAUGUACAUAUUUAUUGAUUCAUUACAUAUUAAUCAUCACCAGAGUCUAUCUCUAAUCUCCUGCACAUCCACUACACAAAUGUCCUAAUCGUUCAUUACAUGUUAUUUAGCUGACACUUUUAUCUGAAGCAGCUUAUAUUUGAUUAGACUAAGCUAAACUACGGUGGCCCGAUCGCAAUGUCUGGUUAGCAAAUUAUUUGCUCCUGUCCAAAUUCUGUCCAGUCAGAGGAAUUGAUGGGAGACAUUUAUCAGUAACUUGUGAUGAAUUUGCAUCUCAAUGACCCCUCCCCCCCAAUUGCACAUUUGACCGCAAUACCAGACCUGGGUCAAAUAUGUAAUUGUUUUGGAUUCAAAUACCUUUCUAUGCUUUAUUGAGCUUUGUCUGCUGUAUUGGAACCUAUGAAAUACUCUCAAAAAGUGCAAGCCUCCACCUUCUAUUGCUCAAUUGCACCAGGCAAGAUCAAUGGAGUUAUGUAUUGUAUUGUAUGAGUUAUGUAUUGUACUGUAUGAGUUAUGUAUUGUAUUGUAUGAGUUAUGUAUUGUACUGUAUGAGUUAUGUAUUGUGUUCUAUGAGUUAUGUAUUGUAUUGUAUGAGUUAUGUAUUGUAUUGUAUGAGUUAUGUAUUGUAUUCUAUGAGUUAUGUAUUGUACUGUAUGAGUUAUGUAUUGUAUUGUAUGAGUUAUGUAUUGUACUGUAUGAGUUAUGUAUUGUGUUCUAUGAGUUAUGUAUUGUAUUGUAUGAGUUAUGUAUUGUACUGUAUGAGUUAUGUAUUGUAUUGUAUGAGUUAUGUAUUGUAUUCUAUGAGUUAUGUAUUGUAUUGUAUGAGUUAUGUAUUGUAUGAGUUAUGUAUUGUACUGUAUGAGUUGUGUAUAAUGAUGUGUUUGACAGCGCUGUAAUCUGCACCCCAGGUCCAGCUCUGCUCCAGCUCCAGCUGCAGUCCCCUCCAGUGCCUAGGUGACGGAGCGGCCAUUUUAACGGCGCUCUCCAAAGACAGCACCCGCGCGCUGACACACGAGCACCUGCCCGGGGCCACUGCUGACGGGCAGACGGUGUCCGACUGUCACUCCGACACGGCCCCAGCCGGAAACUAAGGAUGCUGACAGCAGAGACGGACGGAGAGAGGGAGAGGCGAAGCUGUAUGGAUAGCUGUCUGUGCAGAUGAGAGUGCCGUGUUAUGCGAUGUUAUUUCUGGUAUCUCUGCAACGCUACCUGUUAAGCGUCAGUAAAGUUCAUUGUAAGGUUUGGUGCUUCUGUUCGGCCAUCGUUUCUGUCCCUUGUCCUCCCCCUGACACUGAAAUAUUUAAAUAUUUCACCUAUUUGCAGGUUUAACUUAAAGGCAUAGCUCGUUUACAUCGCCAGCCAAAGUUGUCAUGGAUAUUAACAUUUUCCACACAAACUUGAAUAAAAGGGAUUUUGUUUUUUGA